GUUUUGUUCGGAAUCUUGGUCGGUUGGUCUCGAAAGAUACGGUGUAAAAUCUUGAGUGAAAUCCAUUUCAUGCAGAAACAAAGAAAAAGGAUGCCAUCCUCCGACAAAACCAGCACUGCGCUUUCGCCAGUAGACGGCCUGACUGUAGAUUUCUGCAAGAAGCGUCACCAUGUCAAAGUAGACGAAACGGUUUUUGUUGAGGAAAUCAAAAAGCGAUCCAUUAUCUACGAAGGCUCACUGCCGAGAAGUGGAAACAUGGCACUGCGAAAUGAAGCAUGGAGCGAGGUGGCGCAAACCAUGGGCCUAUCGAUCCAGGAGUGUAAAAAAAGGUGGCGCAGCAUGCGCGACGGAUUCAUUAAGCAAGUUCGCCGAAAGUCCGAGGAGGAUCGCAAAUCUUGGGUGCACUAUAGGUUGCUGGAGUUUUUGCUCCCCUUCGUUGUUGGCAAACAACAUGCGAAUGUCAAUGGCCAAGGCGAAGACGAAAGCGAUAGCAUGGAAUAUCUGGAAGCGGACAGUGACAUCGAAUUGGUUGAGGACACACCGAUUACGGUUUCGUAUGUGACGGAAGAUGGCAAAGAACUGUUCCAAGUUUUGCAUACUUCCAGCAUGCCUCCGCUUCCAGACACGGCCGUCAUCAGUGUGGACAAGUUCAGUAACGCAGGCCAGAAGGCAGGCCAAAUAGUUGAGACGGUGAUGGGCAACAAAUUUUCAACGCAUUAUGGAAGGGCAAAAUUUGCGUCUCAGCAUGAGAAUCACGGUCAAGCGCAUAGACAGCAAACCAAUCAGUACGAUUACAGCGAGUCUCAUGAAGGUGAUUUUGUUGCAACGGGUAAGGAGGAGCAGGAAGAAGAGGAUUCACUGAACACCCAUGUCUACGAGGAGCAGCGCGUCGACUCAACGGAGGUCUUGCAGCAAGAAAACCAGGUUCAGAUGCGCAUUUCUGAAACUGAUAAUGAAGAAUUUAUCGACGAACACUAUUCGUCGACAAUGCAGCAUGAUUCCGAUUUGGAUUAUGAAGAUUACGUGCGUGUAUCUAUUCCGGAGAGACGGAAAUCGUGUGCCCAACUAGAACGUAAAGAGAAAACGCUGGAUCGCAAUGCACUUUCAGGUUAUCGAAUAGAGAAACAAUUGCCUGCCGCUUCGCUUCCCGGGGCCGCGGAAUCUUCGCCUGUUUCCGUAGUAUCAUGUUCUUCGAUGCAGGGCGAAAUAACGAAAGAAACCGAUGCACGCCUUGGCAUCACCGAUCCUGACGAACGGUUUCUGAUGUCCUGUGCUCCGAUUUUGCAGCGAUUGCCCAACAAAAAAAAUCUUCUCGCACGCCUCAAAAUACAGCAAAUGCUGUAUGAGCUGGAGUACGACGAAAAAUACAACUACGACGGCAGCAGCUGAGCUGAGUGAUUCUUGUUUCGCCAGAAGCGAUAUUAACAUGUAUAACCGAAUCAUUGUGUUGUAAACUUUGUACACAUGAUGCGCAUUAAAAAUGUAUUUUUUGUUUACA